GAAAAUCCGGAAAAACAACACAGAGGACUUUAAAAGCGUGGAGUAUUAAAAGCAAGGUAUUAAACGCAUUUCAAAAUAGAAAUUAAUUGCUUUGAGAACAGCAUGAACAGAGGACAUUGUGUCUGGCACUGGUGAUCCAAAGCAUAAAUACAUGAAAUUAUUUCCCCUCUGGUCAAAACUGCGGUUUGUUUUGAAGUAGCUAAUUUUCUGUUUUUAUUUCAAUAAUAAUCCAUUUGCCUUUUUCAGAGAAGUUAUUGAACAGGAGGUUGAAUUUAGAUAAAGUGCGUGAUAAAAGUUUACACACAAAUGACCCCCUAAAAUCCAUCUCACUAAAGAAAGCUUUUUCAAACUCUUCAUGGAUGUGACCUGGAAUACUGUGAUAUAUUAUUACCUUCAUCUUAUUUCUGUUAGGUGUUUUCAUUUCCCACUUGUAUUUAAAUAUUUGUCAGAUAUACCUUAACUUGCUCUGAUCAACAGGUUAAGAUGUCAGUAUGGGUGGCAAUGCUAGCUAUGGCACCAGUGGGGCAAGGUUUGGACUGCCUGCAGUUUUGUUUUGCCUGGCAGCUCUUCUCUGUGCCAAUCUGCUGCUGUAUUUCUACCUAGAUAUCCUGAAUCAAGACACUAAUCCUUUCUUGGCACACUUGCAGUGCCCAACUCGCCACUUUAAGGUGGGCACUAUGACCAUAUGUACCCCUUGGCUGCAGUGCCCAGAAAUUCGUGCUGAGGUCCGGAGUGUAAAACUCAUUGGACAAGGGGCUGUAAAGCGGGUCUAUCUGUCUGAGUGGCGAGGGCAGAAGGUAGCUCUGUCUGUCUUGUCUUCGGAGCAGUAUAAAGAUGAUUUUCUUCAUGGACUGUCAAUGCUACGUUCCUUGCAGAGCACCCAUGUUGUAUCACUUGUCGGGGCAUGUGAGGAGGAAGGUGUGUUUGUUACAGAAUACCACCCUCUUGGAUCAGCUCUGACACUUGAUGCCACCCUUUCCCAAGACCGAUAUCACUUGCAAAACUCAUGGCAUACUCGGCUUCAGUUGGCAAUAGACUAUGUUGCCUUCCUGGCAUACCUGCACAGCAGUCCGGUGGGCAUCCGUUUGAUGUGUGACUCCAAUGACCUACACAAAACUCUUAGCCAGUUUCUUUUGGCAUCUGACAUGCGUCUGUUGGCCAAUGACCUGGAUGCACUGCCUGAGGUGGAGAGGGGGCAUCGAGGGGUGAAGUGUGGUCACCAUGAGCUAACUGGGGACUUUGUUGCUCCUGAGCAGUUAUGGCCCCAUGGCGUGGAUGUUCCUUUCUCAGAUGAGCUCAUGCCGGACUAUGAUGAAAAGACAGAUGUCUGGAAGAUUCCAGAUGUGACACGUUUCUUAUUGGGGAAUGUCUUAGGAAGUGAUGUCAUUCAUUUCCACUUGUUUGAAGUCUAUACAGAGUGCAAAAGGAAGGAUCCUCAUUUGCGGCCCUCUGCACUUGAGGUCCUAAAUGUUUAUCGAUCUGUCUAUGACAGUAUGAUAGAGAGUCAAUCACAGAGAGUUAGAGAUAUGUUGUAAAGAAUUUAUGAGCUUAUAAGAUCAUAAGGUUUGAGAGAGUGAAGUUACCAAUGCAAAGCAUGACCCUGAGUUUGGUUGGUCAAACAAUACCUCAUAAAAGUUAUUUUAAUUUAAGUGAAUUGAACUUGAGUUACUGAUGCAAUGUUUAAAACUGAAGAAAGUUUAUUUUGAUUUUAGGAGGAUGAUGCUAAACACUGAACAUGAUUUUUAUUGUUAUUGUUCUACAUCUGAAAGAGUUUAAUAAAACAUUUACUCUGUG